CUUUCCUCAGCUUGUUUUCCGAAAGCUGCGCCCGCCUUUUGAGAGAAUAAAAAUCAAACAGGCUCGCAUUGCUUCGCAGUUCUACCCUCACGUUUUGCCCAUUCAUCCUGGUUCUUUCUCUCAGCUGCCUCUAUGCAUCCUUCGAGUUCUUCGUCUGUGCAUUCGUACUUUUCUCAGCAGCCGUCUCUACCUCUCUACAUAUCUCGGUCUGCGGAUCUAUUUCCAGCUUCUCACUCUGAUUUGCUUUCCUCCAGUAUUUCCGCUUCGGUAAAGCAUAGUACUUUACGUUCCACACCACACAAUGUAUCGCCCGAGAAAAAACGCUGGCCCGGCUAAUCGCUUGGAGAUAUCUUCGUCUCCAGAACCUCAGCAACCUACCUCAUCACCCACUAGAGGUGAUGCUCAAGCGAAUGUCCAGGCUACUUCACAACCUAUAUUUCGCCCCGUCAGACGCAACACACGGCCGGGCUUGAUUUCUAUAUCAGGUGCUCAUGCUGCUCAGCCCACCAGUCGACCGGCUAAAAGCGUUGCACCACCUACUUUAUCUUCUAUAUCAACUGCUCAAGCUGCCCAGCCUACCUUUCGCCCUGCGAGGAGCAUCGCCCAGCCUGAACUAUCUUCAAUACCGUCUGUUCAAGCUGCUCAGCCUACCUUUCGCCAACCUAGGACCGUCCCACAGCCUAGUCUCUCUUCUAUACCCACAGCUCAAGCUGCCCAGCCUACGUUUCGCUCAAUUAGAAGCGCUGCACCAUCUACUUUAUCAUCUACGACAGCCACUCACACUCCUCAGCAUCCUAUACCUCACUCAUACAGAAGUGUUGGAGUACAGGUUAAUUUGCCCCCUCCUCCAGCCCCAACUCCAGCCCCUCUGCCAGCGGCGAGAGAAAGCAGACCGGCCGUUACAGCAACGCCUCGACGUGCUCCAUUUCGUCCUGUGAAAAAAAGCACUACAUUGGGGCAUACCCCUGAUACAGCGAUAAACAUACCCGAAGGAACAAUAGCUACGCCUGAUACGGCGACGAAUGCGCCUGCAACUGCCCCUAUCCACGAGUUCAUCUGCCUUUACAGCCACGAUCUCCGCCGCAAGCAAAAGAGGUGGCAAGAUGGCACCCUGAGAUUUCAUACAUUUAACCAGAAAUUCAUGGUAUAUGAUGAAAAUGGGGUCUACGUCGGCGAGGGACACUGGCAGGGAGAUGUAGACGACUUCCAGGAGGGUCUCGAGAUCAAGCUAGAUCGACCCAUGGCAUGUCUCCAAGUUAUGGAGUGCACAGGGACAAAGGAGCAAGACCUUUCGCAGGUCUUGGGCAAGCGUGUACGGGAGGUUGAGGAGAGGCGGGCUGCAAGGGCCCCGGCGAGGAGGAAUAGGGAGAUUGCAGCGCCAGUAGAGAUUGCACCAGAUGAGGCACCUGCUACUGUGAUCCCUCUAACGCCUCCUAGGAAUAUGGGAGGUGCCUCUACUGCUGCAAGUCAUCCACCGGCUCCUAGGAAUAUGGGAGCUGCAGGUGCCUCUACCGCUGCAAUACAUCUGAUGCCUCUUAAGAAUAUGGGAGCUUGGAGUAAACAUGCGGAGGAUUUGCUUGGAAGGGGCCGGCCGAUACGUAGAUAGUCUUUUUUAACGACAUCAGUGGGUCAAUGUUAGACAGUCGGAGUAAAGUGUUUUAUGGGGUGUGAGAUAGGUGAUAUGCGAGGUGUGAGAUGAGUGUUUCCAAAAAUAUGAGGUAAUUCAUGGG